AUGAAUAACCAGGGGCAACAAGGGCAGCAGCCCGGCCAGCCCGGAGGGCAAGGUCAGCCGCAGAAUGCCGCCCAAGCUGCGCAGUACAAGGCCGCGCUCAUCCAGCAACAGCAGCUCCAGGCAAUGCAUGCCCAGGCGCUUGCUCAGCAGCAAGCACAGCAGCAGGGUCAGUCUUCUGUCCAAGGUCAGCAACCGCAACAGCAGCAGCCACAACAACAACAGCAACAGCCACAAGCCGCGAGUCUGCAAGCGUUGCAGGCGUUGGUGCAGAACAAUCCGCAGGGUUUGGCUGCCUUGUUUCAGGCUGCCAGGGAGGGUCGAAUGAGUCCGGAACAGCUUGCUCAGCUCAAGGCAUUUAUCGGGGCUCAUCAGCAGGCUCAACAGCAGCAACAGCAGAUCAGACCACCGCAGCAACAGCAGCCUCAGCAACAACAGCAGCAGCAGCACCGGCAGCAGCAGCAACAACCGCACAUGCAGCAACAGCCUCGUCCACCUCAGCAGGCUCAACAGCAGGGACAACCCAAUUUGCAACAGCAGCAACAGAUGGCAGCCGCACUCCAACAGCAGCUGCAGCAACAGCAGCAACGCAACGCACAAAACGCACAACAGCAGCCACAGCAACAGAGCCCGGCACUCGCCCGACCGCCUCAGGUGCCCGGUGCGCCGGGACAGCCUCAGAUACCGCAGACGGAGCAAGCGCUGUUGGAGCAGUUUAACCGAAUCGCCCAGCCGCUCAGGAUGAAGGUGCAGGCGCUGGAGAGUGCGCUCAACAAUCCGAAUCAUAAGCCGGAAGAGAGGCAGCAGAUUCAGAAUGCGCUCCAGGAGUCGAGGAACCAGCAAGCUGCACUGGCGAAGCAGAUUCAGAUUGUUAGGGAGAGCUUCAGGCAGCAACAGCAGCAGCAACAGCAGCAACAGCAGCUUGGACAUCUGCAACAGUCGCCGCAAGUCAACAACGCUGGAGUCGCGCCUACCCCUAUCGCGUCGGCAACAUCACAACAGCAACAGCAGCAGCAGACGGCGAGUCCCGUUCCUCCUUCUGCGCCGGUUUCGGCUGCGACGCCAGCUACACCGGUAGCCGCGGCAUCGGCAUCGACGGGUACACCCAAAACGCAGGCCAAGGCUACGCCCAAGGCGCCUGCUAAGAGCAAAGCCGCGCAGAAGAAGGAAAAAGAGGCAAAAGAGAAAGAGGAGAAGGAGAAAAAGGAAAAGGAAGCCAAGGAGGCGAAAGCUGCCAAAGGUGCCAAGGGUAAGGCUGCCCAAGCCGCUGCUGCUGCGGCGGCGGCGGCGGCGGCUUCCGGUGCGAAUGCGUCGCCUGCCCCAGCCGGUGCUGCUAAUGUUGCUGCUGCGAAGUCGUCGCCUGCCACCGGCACACCCGGACCAAUUGGCGGAGUUGGUGCUUCCACGCCUGCCACGCCCGGUGCUCCCGCUGUUGGUGGUGUUACUGCCGGUUCAACCCCUGGCGGAGCAGGCGUCAAACCCGCUCCUCCUCCUCCUGGUGCAAUGGUCCCUGCUACGGCCGUACCAGGAAGCGUUCCACUGCCCGCGGGUGCCAUCGCAGCUGGUACGCCGACGCCCAGCGCGACGCCGGGGGGUUCGACACCUGUGACCGCCAUGUCGGCCGCGGCCGCCUCGUACGCUAAUGUUGCGAUCCCGCAGACGCUCAACGUCUCGUCGAGCACCGCGCCGGAACCGUACCCGAACGGUGCGGGCCCUCGGUCGAGUAUGACGCAAGGCUUGGGGGUUGCGCCGGUGAUCGGGACGCCUGCGAUCUUGAGUCGUCCGAAUCCGACGGCGGGGCAGGAAGGGGAUGCGGCGCUCGACGAGCUGCUGGGCUUGCCUGGCAGAGCGAGCGGGGGAGGAGGAAGCAUGGCGGACGAGCUGCUGGGCUUGCCGGACGAAGACGUCGCAUCCGCUGCAGCGGCCACUGCAUCCGCGGCGCUGUCCUCCACCUCGGCCGCCGCUGCUAUCGCCCCGCACUCGCCUUUUACCGCCGCCGCCGCCGCCACCGCGGCCUCCGCCACCACGACCGCGGCCUCGGCGUCCACCAUCCUGACCAAACGCAAGAUCUCGGACCUCAUCUCGGAACUCGACUCGAACGAGAAACUCACGGGCGCGGUCGAAGACCUGCUGCUCGAGCUGGCGGACGAGUUCAUCGACAGCGUCACCUCGAUGGCCUGCCGCCUCGCCAAGCAUCGCAAAGCGGACAAGUUGGAGGUCAGGGACGUCCAGCUGCAUCUCGAGAGGAACUGGAACCUGCGCGUGCCCUUCCCGGGGGCCGUGCCCAUUGCCCCGCCCAGGACCAAGGUUGCUGGCGUCGCCGGCAGCGGCGGCGGUGGCGGCGGGGCGGCUGGUGCGGGAGGCGGAGCAGCGGGCGCCCCCAAGUGA